AUGGCUAUUAGAGUAAUAAUUUUAGUAAUUACCAUAGUGUGUUACAUUUCAUACUAUGGUAAAGCUCAAGAAGAUACCAUAAAGUUAUCAAAGGAAGAAGAGUUGGAAUUAGAGAAAGAGCUUAAUCUCUUGAAUAAGCCAGCAAUCAAGACCAUUAAAACAGAUAAUGGAGUUAUUUAUGAUUGUAUCGAUUUCUUUAAACAACCUGCAUUCGAUCAUCCUUUGUUGAAGAAUCACAGUUAUCAUUAUAAGAUGAAACCUUCUUCUCGUCCAAAAACCACAAAUGAAAAUAAAGAAUCGUUGGGAAUAGGAUUGAAGGGAGUAGGCUGCCCAAUCGGAACGGUUCCCAUCAGAAGAACUACCAAAGAAGAUCUCAUCAGAUCCAAAUUAUUCACAAAAACAUAUUCUUCAUCAAGAUUUGGUUCUUUCACUCCUAAGAAGCCAGGUCUUCGUCGUGCUGUGCUUCGAACAAUAGCUGAUCCUAGCAAGAAAUACAAUGGAGGUGGUGUAGUCACAAGUGUGUACCAACCUGGAGUUACUGGCUCUCAAUUUAGCUCAUCUCAAAUGUCAAUCAUAAAUGGACCUGAUAGCAUACAAGUUGGAUGGACUGUGAAUCCUACUUUGUAUGGGGACUCUAAGACGCACCUCUUUGCAUAUUUGCAAGCUGGUGCAACAUCUUGUUUCAACACACAAUGUCCUGGUUUUGUUAUCGUUAGUACUCAAAUACCCCUGGACAUUAUUCUUCAACCAGUUUCUCAACGAGGUGGACCAACAUUUACUUUGUCUUUGUUUGUUUAUCGGGAUCAAGCAAAUGGAAAUUGGUGGCUAGAAGUUGGACCAAACAGCACCCAAGUAGGGUUUUGGCCAGGACGCAUUUUUAGUGCUCUAGACACUGGCUUAGCCACAUACAUGGAAUGGGGAGGAGAGGCUUACACUCCACUAGGGCAAGCCGCUGCACCAAUGGGCAGCGGCUUCUUUCCUCAAGAUCAAGGAAAACAAAUUUCUGAUGCAUAUUGUCAAGAAGUAACAGAAAUAAACGAGUCUCAUGAACAAGUCAAUGCUGAUAAUACCGAGUUGUUCUCUGAUGAUGGCACCUUGUAUGGUGUCAAGGAUUGGGGACCUAGCAGAGGCAACCUUGGUCAUGUUAUGUUUUUUGGAGGCCCUUCACAUUAA